CAGCCUCUGAUCCAAGCGCUCAGCGAGAAAGAAAAAAAACUGAGUAGAGGAGAGAGACUAUUUAGCCUUGUACCUCUGGCCUGUGAGCGCUGGCCCAGUGUCACGCAUGGCUACCCGGGCGGUCUGGCUCCUGGUCGCGCUGUCCGCUGUCCUGAAGCUGCACUCCUGCUGGGCUUAUACCUGUCCGGCCAUCUGCCGCUGCAGCGCCGACACGUUUCAGUGCAGCAGAGACACUCAGCUGGCCUCCAGGACCGCAGCAGCAUCUGUGCUGCGACUAAGGCUCACCCAGCUGCCCUUGAAACAAGUUCCCACUCAUGCCUUCAAGGAGCUGAUCAACAUUACCAUAAUAGAGAUUUCCCAGAGUGACUGCAUCACACAUAUUCAGAAGCACGCAUUUUUCUCCCUCCACAGUCUGGUGCAGAUCUCAGUGCAGAAUAUCAACAGUCUGAGGGUCAUUGAAAGGGGAGCCUUCACUGAUCUGCCCAGGCUCGAAUAUUUGAGCAUCUCAAACACAGGCCUAACACACUUCCCAGACUUGACAACCAUAUCCACCCUGGCAUCAGAUAUCAUCCUAGAAAUGGCAGACAACAUGAGGAUCGACAUCAUUCCUGCCAAUUCCUUCCAGGGCAUCACAAAGGAAUAUGUCGACGUGAACCUGGUUAGGAACGGCUUCAAGGAAAUAAAAUCUCAUGCGUUCAACGGGACCAAGCUCAACAAUCUAAUAUUGAGGGACAACAGGAACCUUCAUCAUAUUCAGGAAGAUGCUUUUGAAGGAGCUACAGGUCCAAUCUAUUUGGAUGUUUCGUCCACGGCUCUCAGUUCCCUGCCGAGUAAAGGCCUGAGUCAAGUGUUGUCUCUGAAAGCCACCUCUGUGUUCGCCCUGAAGAGCCUCCCGCCAUUAGACGGCCUCGCCGAGCUGCUGGAGGCCGAGCUCACUUACCCGAGCCACUGCUGCGCUUUCCACACGUGGCGCAGGAAACAAAGGGAAAGUGCCUCAAGGAACUUUACAAAGUUGUGUGAUCUCAGCAACUCAGAAAUGGAGCCCACUGAUGACGGCAUGAAUCUCGUCUUCGACAUAAGCUUCCAAUACCCAGACCUCGAGUUUGGUUGUCAUAGCAGGCCGUUCGUAAUGUGCACGCCGAUGCCCGAUGCAUUCAACCCCUGUGAGGACCUGCUGGGCUUCCCCUUCCUGCGCUGCCUCACCUGGCUCAUCACGGUCUUUGCUGUGGCAGGUAACCUGGCCGUCUUGGUCAUCCUGCUCAUCAGCCGCCACAAGCUGACCAUCUCGAGGUUCCUCAUGUGCAACCUGGCCUUUGCCGACCUGUGCAUGGGGCUCUACCUGAUGCUGAUCGCCUUCAUGGACUUCAACUCCCGCCAUGAGUACUACAACCACGCCACCAGCUGGCAGACUGGGCCCGGCUGCAGCACGGCCGGGUUCCUGACAGUAUUCGCCAGCGAGCUGUCGGUCUACACGCUGACCGUCAUCAGCCUGGAGCGCUGGCACACAAUCACCAACGCCAUGCACGUCAACAGGAGGCUGCGACUGCGCCACGUGGCGGCCAUAAUGGCGGCCGGCUGGGGCUUCUCUCUGCUCGUGGCUCUGCUUCCCCUGGCGGGAGUGAGCAGCUACAGCAAGGUAAGCAUCUGCCUGCCCAUGGACAUCGACACGACGGGCUCUCAGAUUUACGUCAUGGCCAUUCUCAUCCUCAACGUGGUCGCGUUCCUGGUCGUCUGCUUCUGCUACGUAUGCAUCUAUCUCAGCGUCCACAACCCGGAGCACGCGACCCGCCACGGCGACACCAAGAUCGCCAAGCGCAUGGCCGUGCUCAUAUUCACAGACUUCAUGUGCAUGGCGCCGAUCUCCUUCUUUGCCAUCUCGGCCGCGCUGCGCAUGCCCCUCAUAACCGUCUCCCACUCCAAAAUCCUGCUGAUUCUCUUUUACCCCAUCAACUCCCUCUGCAACCCCUUCCUGUACACCAUCUUCACUCGCGCCUUCAGGAAGGACGUGUGCCGGCUGCUGAGCCGCUGCGGCUGCUGCGAUGCCAACUCUGAUUUCUACAGAUCACAGACGGCGUUGUCACAGCACACCUGCAUCAACAAAGUGGCCGACAGAAAACCUCACUCGCUGAGCUUUUAUGCCUAUCACAUUAAGAUGAAGGGCUGCUUUCUAAGCAAGGGAGCGACAUGACUGUCAGCCUGCGGGGCUGGGAACUCGGAGGCAACAUCUGCUCGCUGAAGACGCCGCGUUUGAGAAUUAAGGUGAAGGUGGAGAUACUGCUGGGGUCACGCAUUGCAAAUAGAAUCUCAUCUGGUUUAUUUUGCAAAGAGAAAAUGUUAAUUUAAACCAAGGAGGUUUGAAGGUAAGGAAAGUGCAUCCUCUCUUCUGUACACGUAUUGUAGAAAGAAGCAAAUAGGCGAAGAAAAAGAAAAAAAUGAGCUUGCUGAAGAAAUGUAAAGCAUCACUGUUUGGUUGUACUCUAAACUAUUGCUCAAUGAGAUAUUUAAAGUGGCUCUAAACAUCCCUGUUGAAAUGGUAGCUUUUUUGCAAAGUACAAAAAUUAGAUCCAUGAUUUAUUUGAAACCUUUUUACACCCUAAAUGUGAAACAUUUUCUACAAACAAAGAUUUGUUUAAGAGAAACUGAGGCACAAUUCUACAAUAACCCACUUGCAUAACUGUGCACACCUGUGAGAUAAUACUUUGAUGAAGAAUCUUGAUUCAAUUUAGGGCUGCAUAACAGGAAAACACGCAAUAUGCAAUGAUAUUGGCAACAGCUGUAAUAAUGAUGCAACCUGCAGAUAGCCACCAGUUAAUGAUUAUCCCACUGAGCUUCUUAAAAGGAAAAACUAAGAAAACUAAACUGGCUCGUAUUGAAAAUGUUGCCUCUGACCAAAGUCUGCAGUUUUGGCAAUAAAACAACUUUCCAGUUUCUUAAUGACUGGAUUACUAAAUUCUGAAAUAUAGAUCAGGUAUCUAUCCACAGAAAGGCACACGGAACAAAAUGGGACUUUUCCAUAAAUGAGUCUGGUUAAGACUCAAACUGUCUGAAUGUGAAUCACUCAGAUGAAACAAAGCCUGGGUUUUUGUAUGGAGAGUGAAGAAUUACCGUUAAUAAUAUGUUACUGUGCUGAGGCACAUCAUGACUUUAAAAUUUCAAAAAUAUAUUUUAAUUAUUUCUGUAUUUUCAAAGCUAAAAAUUUUACGCUAUUUAAAAUCUUUGUUUCAUAAGUUAUUUAUUGAAACUGGGCAGUCUUUACUCUCCAUAUCUUUUGAGCAUGGUGCCAAAGAUGCAGCUCAGAACACAAAGCAGCUCACACACAGUGAAACAUAGUGGUGGCAACAUUAUGCUGUGGGAUUGCCAUUUUUGGUCACAGUAGACCAAAUUGUAAAGGGUAUCAAAUACCAGGCAGUUUUGACCUAAAAUCUUAGUUUCUGCUAAAAAGUUGAUUUUGUUCAAACAUACCAAAAAUAAAAAGCUGCUUUGCUACAAGGAAGUUUUGUUCCCAAAAAACGUCUUGACAGACGAGAAAGCACACACUGAAAAUAAUUCAAAUGUUCUUCAAGAAGUAUUUCUAGGUCUGCAAACCUAAGAAAGUCAAUUUUUUUUUACAUUUUUCCCUAAAUCAUUUUUUUCAGUGGAAUUGCACAGAAUCUUUACAUCUACAUUAAAAGUUGGAAACGAUUUUAAAAAGAUUCCUCUUUUUUUUCAAAUUCCUAGCAUUUUCAUGGGGUGUACACACUUGAGAUCCACCAUGAAUCCAUUAAUGAUUUGUAUAUAAUAAUAAAGGUUUAAAUGUCUUUUUUAAAUGGUUCUACUCAAAGUUGAUUUUUAGCGCCACCUUUUGGGUUCAGGAGACAUUUUGACAGGAGUGUUUGAAGACUGUACCAACAUCUGAAAAUCAAACUUUAUACUGAAAUGUGUGUGUUCUAUUUAAAUAAAAUUGUGGUCAUUUACUUUUGCCAUUAAUCAAAUUUCUUCUUGGAUCUCCCUUUCCACAGUUUCACACUUGGGUACCGAAAAAAAAAGAAAAAAAAAAAAACUGCAACAGGCGGAAUUUCUUUCUCAGACAUUCGGUACCAAAAAAAAAAAAAAAAAAAAAAACUUAAUUUUACAAGUAAAACAUUCAAGCUGUUGCUUGUAGUUUUCUAUCACUGCAAGGACGACCUUCAUCUUUCACAGAAGAUUCUGUUCUACAUUAUUCAUAUUUUAAGCAAAUAUUUUCUCCUUAGAUCAAAAGAUUCUAUUCAAACAAAGUUUU